UAAAACGAGAAUGAAAAGGGUAAACCACAAAAUAGUUCGAAAUGAUGAAUAAGUGUAUAGCUUGAAGAUAUAAAGUAUUAAUACAGUCCGUCGAAUUCGCUGUCGUGGAAAUGGGUACAUUCGUGCAGUGAAUUUUGUACUGUUCGGAACGUAAAAUCAGUAAGUCUGGCUCUGCUGUUGAGAUAUUUUUUCUGUAAAUAAAUCUUAAUCUCAUUCACCUGAUGUUAUCUGCAUUUUAUACGAGAUACGCAAUCGAUACGCAAUCAAAUUUAACAUGGCUUUGAAUGUUGGACUUUUCAUAUUCAGUCUUCGCGUGAUAUUCACCGCAAACGUAUAUCUUAUCUUAUAGCUGCGUAAUUUACAGUUAUGCGUAAGACGUGAGGAUUCGUCAAAUCUUGUCCAAAAUUGAAAGCUAACUUUCUGAGCCUAAUUUUUGUUUGGUAAAUUUUUUAAUCAAGCUAUUACGGAAAAAGUAUAAAGGAACGAUAAUUUGAUGUGUAACGGGGUGAGACUUUUGACGUGAGUGGAGAAAAUCACAAAAGGAGACGCCGGGACCGAGAAUCGAUCCGGCGCUCCCGAUAUCUCUAGGCGCGCGCUCUGUACGUCGAGCUAAUGCCGCCUUAUUUCGUCAAACUCUAUUCUGCCUCGAUUACCGGCGUGGCGAGGGACGUUGUUCCUCGUUACAACCCCCCGCUAGAGUCGGAUUAUCGUCCCGACUUCGACUCUACCAAUCCACCGCAGGAUCGCCGGUAAUGCAGGAAUUCUUCUUCGCCGACUAGCUCUUCGACGAUGUCUCCAGCCUCGUACAUCCCCGCACCUUUCGCACUCGUCUUCUUGACCGCAUGUCCAUGUCGUAAUCCGCUGAUUACGAUGAUACUUUGAAUUUUUCUUAAAAUUAUGGGGCACUUUAAGUGGCUCAAAGAUCUACUUUUGUACGGAUACAAGCAUGACAUUGUGGACAGUGACAUUUAUGAAGUUUUGCCGCAACUUCAGAGCAAACUUCUUUGCGACGAUCUUGAGAAAGUUUGGAACGAGGAACUAAGUAAUGCCAAGGCAAACCAGAAACAGUCUUCAGCAGGAUCGACGAAAUGGCCGAAGAAAACAGCAAUAAAGCUAGGAAAAAGGAAGCGACAUCUGCACCAGGACAGAAGAUCACAGAAUCAGCUAAACACAGAAUGACUUAUGGCGAUAUCAACUAUCUAGGAUCUAACAAGGCAUUUUUCUACUUUGAUAGAGGUAUAAGAGGUAAACAGGUUUUCAUAAAUGCAGUCUCCUCACUCAAGCACCAAUCGCCUUAUAAAGAUAUAGUUUUUACGUCAGACUGUAAAUGUGAUUCAUCAAAUCAGCAUAAUGAGAUGUUUCCACACUACCGAGAAACCUGUGCAGUUGGGCUUACGUGCCCCGCAAGGCUCAGCACAACAGAAAGGAUGUCUUACAUAAGAGAAAAAAACGCAACAACAGAUAGAUUUAUGACAGCAAGACAAAUGUUGCUACGUUAGCUGCUGUAGUUAUGCGUAAGACACGUGGAUUCACCGAAUCAUGCCCAAAACUGAAAGCGAACUUUCUGAGCCAGAUUACUUUUUGGUGGCUCAAAAAGCUACUUUCGUACGGAUACAAGCAUGACAUUGUGGACAGUGACAUUUAUGAAGUUUUGCCGCAACUUCAGAGUAAACUUCUUUCCGACGAUCUUGAGAAAGUUUGGAACGAGGAACUAAGUAAUGCCAAGGCAAACAAAAGAAAGCCAAGCUUGUGGCGGGCUUGCAGGAUAAAUUAUGGACCCAUGUUUUUGAAGCUGUUAAUAUUCCCAGCAUGCUACAUCAUCAUCGAUUUACUCUUACCGUUGAUCCUGGAGCAGUUACUGUUGCACAUCGAUACAUCAAUGUGCUACGUGUACAUAACUCUUUUGCUUCUUCUGCAGAUAGUGCAGACAUUUGGAACGCGUCACAGUAUGGUUGAAUUCACCCUUAUUGGCGUCCGCGCGAGAAUCGCCCUCACAUCUCUCAUGUAUAGGAAGAUGCUCCGAUUGUCGGCAAACAACAAUGCUAGUGGAAGGGUCGCGAAUUUGCUGAUUAAUGAUGUGGGAAGAUUUGAGUGCGUGUUGUUUUUUCUUCCUUUUUUAGUAUUUGCUCCGAUUGAAACGAUGAUCACGACUUAUAUACUCUGGCGAUACUUUGGCUAUGCAGCUUUCGUGGCUGUCAGCUUAUUGAUUCUCCUAAUAUUUCCACCACAAGCUUUAUUUUUCAGAUUACUAUCAAAUUAUCGAUCACAGCAAUCUGCACGCACUGACGAAAGGAUAUCGUUGAUAGGUGAAGUGUUUAAUGGGAUUCGCACCAUAAAGAUGUUUGGUUGGGAAAGAUUGUUUGAAAAAUCUAUUUAUUCGUUCAGAAGACGUGAAAUAAAAAUGUUUAAAAAGCUACACAACAUCCGAGGUCUAACUUUCGCUAUAACUACUUUUGGUUAUCGGCUUACCACCUUCUCGACGAUUUUUCUUUACACGUUUCAAUACGGUACAAUAUCACCUCUUUCAAUAUUACUGUUAGUUUGCUACUUGGUUAAUCUACGACAGACAUUGGCCCAAUUCUUUUCUGCUGGCCUUACUCAAAUGGCAACCGUUAAUGUUUCAAUGAAACGUAUCGAGGAUUUUUUACUGUUGGAUGAAAUUUCAUCAAAUGUUAAGAGAAUUAAAACGGCUGAUUCAGACAUAAAACUGACUAAUGUAACAGUACUUCCUUCAAAGGGAGAUCCCAUUAAAGAAAAAUCGUUGCACUUUGAUGUCAAUUUUGUCGCUAACAAACUGCAUAUUGUUAUCGGACCUGUUGGAGCUGGAAAGAGUACACUGCUCCAAGUAAUUUUGGAUGAAGCGCAACCAGAAACCGGCAAAGUCAUUGUUAACGGACGGAUUUCCUAUGCGAGCCAGGAUCCAUGGCUUUUCGCAGCUUCGAUAAAAGAGAACAUAAUUUUUGGCGAGAAAUAUGACGAAGACAAAUACAGGACAGUGACGCAGGUUUGUGCCCUAAUGGAGGACUUUCGUCAGCUGCCUUACGGCGACAAAUCUCUGGUCGGAGAGAGAGGCUCGAAUCUCAGCGGCGGACAGUGCGCCAGAGUCAGUCUGGCAAGGGCAGUUUACAGAGAUGCCGAUAUUUAUUUACUCGACGAUCCUGUCUCUGCGGUUGACGCACACGUAGCAAACCAUAUUUUUAAAGAAUGCAUCAACGGCUAUUUGAAAAACAAAACACGAAUUUUAGUUACGAACAAUUUUCAGUUUCUAAGAGAGGCGGAUGAGAUCGUUUUCCUCGACGAUGGGAAAGUCGAGUUCAAAGGCACUUUUGUAGAUUUCGAUAAAAACGAAAAAUACUAUAGUUAUUUGCCUAGGAAUAGAGGAUCGGAGAAAUCGGCAGCAAAUGAGAAAGACAGUACAAAAAAUGAAAGUGAGAGAUUGAACGAUCCUUCAGAUUCUCAAAAAGACAAGAAUAAUGUAGAUCAAGGACCCAAAGAAACGGAUGAACUAUUGGCCAAAGGACAUGUAAAAAGAUCGAUAUAUCUAAGAUUUAUUCGGCAAAGUGGUUCUUAUAUGAUGCUAUUUUUCGUAGUCCUUGGCCUCGUAGCAGCUGUAUGCUCUACUUCUGCCUUUGAUUACUGGCAGAUUGCUUGGACUAACAAUAAAAAGAAAAGUUUUGAAAACAUUGAGGAUAUGAACGCAGCUGGAAAUACGGCAAUCGUUGAAAAUAGUUUAUCAUUCAUGAACUUUUCGUAUAUAGUAACAUCGUUGUCCAUAUGUGGAGGAUUGUUAAUUACAGUUGUCAUUACAAAUAUUCUGAAAAAUCUGUUGUGUUUUCGAGUGACUUUAAGCGCUUGUGAAAGGCUACAUAAUAGCAUGUUUGGAAGUUUGAUGAAAACACCCCUGACAUUCUUUCAGACUAAUACUGCUGGACUUAUUCUAAAUCGGUUUUCCAAAGAUACCGGAGCAAUUGAUGAAAUGCUAGUAGUUGCAUUAUUUAAUGUUCUGAACGAACUAGCAAAUUGUACUGCAGUUCUUUUGCCAGUUUUAAUAGUAAACUGGUGGAACACUUUUCCAUCUCUAAUUGCAAUGUAUUUAUGCUACAAAGUAUUUAAAUUUCAUAUUCCAGCAAUGCUAGCUAUAAAAAGACUGGAAGCCAAAGCUAAAAGUCCAGUCCUGUCUCUGGCAGUUUCUUCGCUUUCUGGAUUAUCGACCAUCCGAUCAGCUGGAUCUCAAGGUUUAGUCAGUGAAAUCUUUGAUGACAAUCAGGAUCAUCAUACCGCUGCACAUUACCUAACCGUUGUAGCAAAUCAAAGUUUGUCCAUUUGGCUGGAUAUGACGAUAUUUUCUCUCUGGGCUGUCGUUGCCUACAGUAGCAUUCUCCUGAAAAAUAAUAACUUAUUUGUAGCCAACGUGGGGUUGGCACUCGUUCAGCUCCGUAGCAUUGCUAUGAUGCUACAAUAUGGAUUUAGGCAAAUGGCUAUAGCUGUGAACGAGAUGAUUGGUGUAGAGAGAAUGUUCCAGUUCGUAGACUUGGAGCAGGAGCCUGACGCAGAGGUAGAUCCCCCGAUAAAGCCAAGUAACGAUUGGCCAACAAGAGGUGAAGUUGUAUUCGAUAAGCUUUAUUUGAGAUACUCUCAGGACGCGGAACCGGUUCUGAAAAAUCUGAGCUUCAAAAUUGAACCAGGAAUGAAGGUAGGAAUAGUAGGGCGUACAGGCGCUGGAAAAUCUUCAUUGAUAUCGGCAAUUUUUCGCUUCGUCAAGUUUGACGGGACAUUGUUGAUCGACGGCAUCGAUACCAAAAAAAUAAGUUAUUGCUAUCUACGAAAUCGCAUUUCUGUAAUUCCUCAAGAGCCUGUUCUGUUCGCUGCAUCAUUGAGAGACAAUUUAGAUCCGAAGCGUGAGUUCGACGACGCCUCGCUUUGGUCAGCUCUGGAGAACGUCGAGCUCAACAAAACGUUCGAUUCCUUAGGUAAGGUCAUCGACAAAGGUGGCAAGAGUUUGAGCACCGGUCAACGUCAGCUGCUCUGUUUGGCCCGAGCCAUUGUCAAGAGGAACAGGAUUCUGAUUCUAGACGAAGCCACUGCCAAUGUCGAUCCUGCUACUGACGAACUGAUUCAGAAGACGAUCAGGACUGUCUUCAAAGAUUGCACUGUGUUGACCAUUGCACACAGACUGAAUACGAUAAUGGACAGUGAUAAGGUACUGGUGAUGAGUUACGGCGAGGUUGUGGAGUUCGAUCAUCCGUACGUUCUGCUGAAGCAGAACGACGGACACUUUUCUGAGAUGUUACAGCAGGUUGACGGCGACACAUCUCAGCAUCUCAAAGCGAUUUCAGAGCAGGCAUUCAAUAACAGCUCUAUUAUCUAUGAUCAACAUCUUGCAGACGGCAAGUAAAAUUUUGAGGUAUUGGCGUAUUUGCAGUGAUUGCGUGAUAAUGAAAAAAAUUGCGUAGACCUGUUAUAGUACAAAGUAAUGUAUAUAAGCUAUAGCGACCUGUGUAAACCCUGUGUUGGUAUUGUAACAACUGUAAUCCUUAUUUUAAUGUAAAAAAUCCUCAACGUUUUUAUGAUCAUCAUAAUUGAUACAAAAUACUCGAUCGUAUAAUACAUAAUCAGUACAUCGAAA